UAGGGCCUACUGUAAUGAAUGUAAAAUGUAAUGAUAAUUUAUUUUUUUAUUUUUUGGAGAACAUGUUAUGAUAACUUGAUAAGUUAACGAAGGAGUCAAAGUGUAACAUUAAUGUGCCCGAAAUAACGAAACUUCCAGACAAGACCAACUUUUAAAAUUUCUAACCUUGGAAUCCCAAUUCUGUGGGUGGUGCUCUUCGUUUCAAUUCAACUAUUCAACCCAACAAAAACACUCCACAUUUCCACAUUCUACAUUACAACAUUUACGUCGUCAAUACUCACUCCAAUUCCCCAUAAUUUUCUCUUCAUCUUCAACAAUCAACACUAAUCAAAAUCACUCCACAUUUGCUCAAAUUCCUUUGAUUUCUGGGUGCAAUUUGAUUUAUUAUGGAAAUUCGAAAUUUCCUUACAAUUUUUCUAUCUUUUUUCUUGAUUUUCCCUCACCUAUCUCAUGCCGGAUGGUUCAGCAACAACAAGCGUCGAGAAUCUGUGCUUAAAUUGAAGAGUGAGACUGUUUAUAAUUCUUUAUAUGGAUUUGAUCCUACUCGCGUCACUCAGCUUUCAUGGCAUCCCAGGGCAUUUUUGUACAAGGGUUUUUUAACUCAUGAAGAAUGUGAUCAUCUUAUCCAAUUGGCAAAGGAUAAAUUGGAGAAAUCAAUGGUGGCUGAUAAUGAGUCUGGGAAGAGUAUACCAAGUGAAGUGAGAACUAGUUCUGGCAUGUUUCUUCAAAAGGGUCAGGAUGAGGUAGUUACUAGAAUCGAGGCAAGAAUUGCUGCGUGGACUUUCCUUCCUCCAGAAAAUGGGGAGGCCAUGCAAGUCCUUCGCUAUGAGCUUGGUCAAAAGUAUGAGCCCCAUUUUGAUUACUUUCAUGAUAAGGUUAAUCAGCAGCUAGGUGGCCACCGGAUUGCUACUGUGCUGAUGUACUUGUCUUAUGUUGAAAAGGGUGGAGAAACUGUCUUUCCCAAUGCAGAGGUUUUUUUUUAUUUUUUUUUCCUUGACUUUCAUGCUUUCUUCAGAAGUUUGUCUAAUUCAAUGUUUGUCCAGGGAAAACUGAACCAACCGAAAAAUGACAGCUGGUCUGAUUGUGCUAAAGGUGGCUAUGCAGUGAAACCCAGUAAGGGUGAUGCAUUGAUGUUUUUCAGUCUUCAUCCCGAUGCAACUACUGAUCCAAUGAGCUUGCAUGGUAGCUGCCCUGUCAUUGAGGGUGAGAAGUGGUCCGCAACUAAGUGGAUUCAUGUUCGGUCCUUUGACAGAUCUCUGGAAGAUAAUUCUUCUGGAGAAUGUACCGAUAAAAAUGUGCACUGCACUCAGUGGGCACAAGCAGGGGAGUGUGAAAAGAACCCUGUGUACAUGGUAGGCAACGAAAAAACAAAGGGACAUUGCAGAAAGAGUUGCAAUGUUUGCUGAGCAUAUACAUCAGUCAUUUCAUUCGUGGAUGAGUUGUCGUCUUCUUUUCAUUUUUUAGGGAUGAGUUUUGGUUUACUGUGGAUCACCGGUCAAAUCUGAUGCUGAGAUAGUUGUAGAUAAGUGUUGCUUCUACUAGAAGCAGAGAGCCACAACCUUGGAUUGAGUUUCCUUUUUGUAUUUAACUUUCUUUACUGUAAACUUUUAGUGAUUCAGUACGAAAUUAUCUGAUGGAGAUAGAGUAUUCUAUAUUUUUGUCUUUAGUAUUCUAAAGCAGCGGCUGGGAAUGCAGGUUUUCUUCCUACAUUAAGCACAGUUCCUUCCAAAACAUAGAUACUUGUCUUUUUGUUUAGGACAUUGAAUACUUGGUGUUUAUAAAAUAAUGACUACCUAACAAAGUAUAAAGCAGUUCGAGUUGUAGAUGAAUAAUGCCAAGUUUAUAUGCUUCUAAUGUUUAUUUUUAGUUGCA